UUUAUAUAAUAAUUUUAAAAGAACGAAAGAAUUUCUUCGAUAUUUUCUCAAGGAUAUAACUGUCAUUCACAGAUUCAUCUGUCACAAUCACAUUUCAACCCCCUACGAACAUCAUUCGUAUAAAAGUUCGUAGCUUGAAACUCUCGGGGCACUUUCACAGAAUACGGCUAACAGAAACAAUACUUGUAUUUGCAAUUAUAAUACAGAUAAAAACAGUAUGAUAUCGAGAAAGUGUGUGAUAAUCUUAAUUAUGAUGCUGGGGAUCGCAUACCAAACAUUUGGAACAACUGAAGAUUCUUACAGAAAUCUGUUGGCGUUAAAUUUUCCAUACGACAGAGGAGUGAAUAACGAUCUACAAAGGAUUGCAAAACUAUUGUUAUUGCCACCAUGUCUUUGUCAUUCUAAACGUAAUUCUGAACUCAUAAACUCGCUUCUAGGUCUACCGAAAAAUAUGAACAAUGCUGGAAAAUAGAAUUGUUAAAAUUCUAAAAAAUUGACAAUGGAGAAAUACGCUUUUAUUAUUUAAUAUAUACAUUUCAAAGAAUCUUUAAGGCUUGUAAUGUACCAAAUUCAAUAAACUAAAUUAUAAA